GGACUUCCUUCCCAGCAAUUCCGAGGCAUCUAUCUAUCUGCUGAUCAACAAGCCUUCGACUGCCAGCCAAGGCAAAGCAACUGGCACAAAAGCCGUCUUCUAGCCGGCAGCCGGCCAUCAAUCUCAAGCACUGCAAUUCUCCACCAGCCGGAGCCGUCCUGCUCCCGCACAGUAACAAGCUGCCAUCGACCGAGUCGCCGCGAUGUCUCCGCCUCAGCCGUUCACGGUCGUCACCCGGGUGCCAAUCCCGAGGACACUCGCCCCAGAAAGGGUCAUCGCCGCCCUUCAGACAUACGAGGCCCUCAUCACGCCGAAUCCCUAUCUUGAGCGGUUCGAACGACGGCCCGUCCAGACCGCGGAAGUGGCAAACGACUCCUUCUUCCUCAGUGAUGGCAAGAACCUGCAGGCCUUCGUGGUCUACGACCGGGUGCCUAUCAUCCCGGGCGUCGGGUCCUGGGCUACCAAGGAAGUGGCCGUCCCCUGCAUCUUCCAGAGCGUCGAGCAUGGUGUCCGGUGCUGUGCCCACGCCCAGGGAGGCGUCACCGUGCGCAGCAGCUAUGAAGUGAGACGCCGCGGGGAGAUCACGGAUGGGCCCGAGUUGGAAGUUGGCUCCGGGGACGGGGACUAUGAGCUGAUUGACAUUUCCAAUGUCGAGUGCAGUGCCCUGGUGAAACUAUUUGUUAAGACUCGGUUGGCCAGUGGUCAUCUCGUGCUUCUCCGGCAGGUGAUAGCCGACCUGGUUCAACAGCCGGCUCAACCAUGAACUCGGAAGACCGGGUUGGAGGGUUGUGAUGGUUAUAUAGGGCCUGCAGCAAUUUUUCUAAAGUAGGUGUUUCGAGAUACCCGUCAACUACGAGUUGCGCUGUGCUACACUCUUCAAAUUUAGAAGAUGUAUGUAUUCAUUGUGUACACCGAGCUAGCUAGCCCAACCGGCAGCCAA